AUGGAAUACUCUUUUACUGAUCGCGUGCAUAAAAAGAAAGGUAAAGUACACGUGCAUAAAAAGAAAGGUCAAGUGCACGUGCAUAAAAAGAAAGGUCAAGUGCACGUGCAUAAAAAGAAAGGUCAAGUACAUGUGUAUAAAAAGAAAGGUAAAGUACACGUGCAUAAAAAGAAAGUGGUUCCAUAUUACUCAGGCGAAAUAAUUGAUUACCUUCCAGGUAAAGUACACGUGCAUAAAAAGAAAGGUCCAUUACACGUGUAUAAAAAGAAAGUGGUUCCAUAUUACUCAGACGAAACACUUGAUCAACUUCCAGGAAAAGAAUAUGAAAAAGCAUUUAAAUACGAGACGAAAAAAAGAGCAAAAAAGACCACACGCUUACGGAACAAUCAACGACGUCGAAAAGAAUUUCAAAAUUGGCAAUUCUUUGAACAAAAAUUUGUCUGA